UUUUUAAGGGAAGAAUUAGCUCGUUCUUAUCAACCGAAGCUAGUUCGCUUUCUUUAUUACUAGUCCUUAAGGCACCAACGUAACAUCAACACAUAUAUUUUAUAUUAGUGCAUAUUUCAAACUAGUAUUUGUUCGUCUUUAAGCAAGCACUUGGCACCCUGGAAACUAUCACUCCUAACCAUAGCCAACCUAUGGAAAGCCACAAGCAAAACGCCUCUCAAGCUUCUCUUCUUCCCUACCACCACUCGCCGCAAUCUUCCCGGCUCAAAAUCUCCGAGGUGGUAAUUGAGGUGAGACAACUCUACAACAUAGCCUUCCCAUUAAUGUUAAGCAGUCUACUAACCUACGGCAAGUCAGCCAUUUCAAUGGCCUUCAUGGGGCAUCUAGGCAAGGAGGCUUUAGCCGGUGGUGCGCUCGCUAUCGGCUUUGCAAACAUCACCGGCUACUCGAUCCUCUCCGGGUUAGCCAUGGGCAUGGACGCCAUCUCCUCCCAAGCCUACGGUGCCAAACAAUGGACUCUAAUGGGUCAUACUCUUCAACGUACAAUUGUGAUCUUAUGCCUUUGUUGCCUUCCAAUCUCAUUUCUUUGGCUCAAUCUUAAGCCUAUCCUCGUCUUACUCGGUCAAGACCCGGCUAUCAGCUCUGUCGCCGCCACCUACCUCGCUUACUGCCUCCCUGACUUGUUCUUCAUGGCUUUGAUCAACCCUAUAAAAAUCUAUCUUCGUUCACAAAAGGUGACACGUCCUCUUGUGGUUAGCGCGGGAAUAGCUUUGUCAUUUCACUUUCCUGUGAACUAUGUCAUGGUUAGCUACCUAGGCCUCGGAAUUCGAGGGGUGGCCAUUUCCACGGCAAUCAUGGACCUCAACAUACUAUUAGUCAUGGUGGUUUAUAUCAUGAUUAGUGGGACCCACAAGAAGACUUGGCAAGGUUGGUCUUUUGAAUGUUUCUAUGGUUGGUCUACUAUUCUUUCUUUAGCUAUUCCAAAUUGUAUUUCGGUAUGUUUGGAAUGGUGGUGGUACGAACUCAUGAUUGUUAUGUCCGGUUUACUGCCUAAUGCCGCGGAUGCUGUUGCCACCAUGGGGCUACUAAUCCAAGCCACGUCGCUUAUCUACAUUUUCCCGUCUUCUCUUAGCCUCGCGGUGUCUACUAGGGUUGGUAACGAGCUUGGUGCUGGCCAACCAAAUAAGGCAAGGACCUCAUCUAAUAUAUCAUUAUGUUGUGCAAUUUUUACUAGUGUACUUGCCUUGGCCUUUUCUGUGACAAUGAGGAACUUUUGGGGAAGGGCAUUUACGUCCGACGAGGCGGUCAUUGCUCUCACCGCGGCCGCCAUGCCGAUCUUGGGGUUGUGUGAGCUUGGAAACUGCCCACAAACAACCAUGUGUGGGGUGCUCCGGGGUAGUGCUAGGCCUAAGCUUGGAGCUAAUAUCAAUUUAGGGUCAUUUUAUGGAGUUGGGCUUCCUGUUGCUAUUGCAUUGAGCUUUUUCAUGAAGAUGGGCCUAUUGGGCCUUUGGGUAGGCCUGCUUGCAGCCCAGGUAGCCUGCUCACUUUUCAUGGCGAUCAUGUUGGUAAGAACUGAUUGGGCCUGUGAAGCCCAACGGGCCAAAGAACUCACUGGUGGUUCCAAUUUUGAAGAAUCAAACGAAAAAGAAGAAAAUGAUGAUCUUGAAUCACAAUUCUUGAAGAAAGAAAAUGAUGAAGAUGUUCAAGCGCCAUUGAUGAUUAAAAAUGAAACUAUCCAAUAAUAUUUUUGGUUUUCCUUUUUUUUUUUUUUUUUUUUUUUUGGGGUACAUAAUUUAGUAGUAGUUAAAGAGAAAAAGGUUUUUGUGAGCUGGAUAAUUUGGCCUUGUGCCUAGUUUCGGCAUUUUUGGAUUCUUUGAGUUUUAUUAUUUUUGGGAGGGGGUACCAAAAAAGAUAUAUGUACAUAUUGAUUAAUGGAGAUACCAUCUUUCUAUAUUGUCAA